ACGCUACUUGUAGCAAGUCUGUACGGCAAAGAGGUUGUCCACUUGGCACCGAGACAGAUGAGAAGAGAUGGAGCAGAGCAGAGGAGAAAGGAGGAAGAAGGCGGGGGGGUUUUCUCCGCCAUUUUCCCGCGAGAAGUUGGGACACGAACGAAUGAACAUAGUGAUAUGAUGCGAAGUACGAACAGUGCACGUGUCGCCGCGUUUGAGGAAACAGAUGAUGAAGGGAGUUUACCCUUUUAUCAUUCAUUUGAUUCCUUUCCUUUCCGCUCUCAUUUCCCCGUCUUCUCUUUUGUGGACUCGUCGGUAGCUUAGCAGUAGCAGUGUGUGAAAUCUGACAUCCAAAAAGGAAAAAGGGAAGAGCUUUUUUUUUGGAGCGAAAUGCUCCUCUGGUUCCUCUAACUCCGCGAAUCCACAAUCUUUUUUCCUACCUUCCCUAAAACCCUACGAUUCUCAGCCAUUUCCGCCAUUGAAGGGUGGUGUUGGUUCUCUCUCCUUUCCCUUUUUUUUUUUUGCCCCUUAUUUUCGUUAUGGGUAAGAGGAGGCGAAGUGGCUCGACUCCCCAUCAUCAAAAUCCGCCGAUCGAUCCUUCUUCUUCUACCCCUUCUCCCUCUGGUACGAUCCUUUUGUUUAUGUUGGUAGAUUUUUGGUCUUGUGGGCUCGUUUGAUUAUGUGGAAAGUUUGGUGCUUGGAUGGGGGAUUUGGGGAAGCUAUUGAAAUUGAUUGAUGGGUUGUGUUUUUGACUUGGCUAGAUUGCUUGAAUCUUUGAGAAUCGAUUGAGUUGGGUUUGUUGAAUUUUGCUGAUAUCUAGUGGGAACUCUUGUGAGAUGCGGUUUCCUUGGGUUAAAAUUUGGUAUCUUUUCAUUUAGAAUGCCUAAUAGGAAAAAGGUUAGGUAUUGCUUUUGGUUUGAUUGUUUCCUGCUUUGUUUUUCGACUUUGAUUGAGAGCUGUGGGUUGUCAUUUUACCAAAUCGAAAAUGGGCAAAUGGAGAUCCUGAUCUGAUGUUGCUUGGAAUUGAUAAUGCUGUAAUGAUCUUUUUGGCAUUCCAAAAUAAUUGCCUUUUUCAUGCAAGAAGCUGGAGAUGGCCGCUUCUGGAUCCUAUUGUUCAUUGUGGAGCUUACAUCGAAUGAUCGCGAUUUGAAUUGGACUGAAUGGACUUUGUGAUUGGAUGUUUUAGUCAUAUCGAUCUGUUAUGCUUGUAGUUUGUCUAUAGCAUCUCUUAGAAUUGCACACCAUUGUCAUUUUCAUUAAACACCUGAUGUUACUAGCUUAAUCUUCUUUUUGAUGGACUACUAGCUUCAUUUUCGGAAUACCAUGAAAUCUCAGAUUUUGGUUUGUGUGGAUGUAUGCGUGAAACUACCUUACAAACUGAGACACAUUUCAAAUCUUGGCUAUCUCUUGCUGUAUGAUUACUAGCCUGCAUUGUGUUCUUUUCCGGCUUUUGUCUGUUGAUUUAUGUUCUAUGUAGGCUUCUCGUCUUUGUUAGUUUAGCAUCUGUCUUGCUCUGAUAUGCCUUUUGAUUCUAAAUUGGGGGGAAUUUGUGGAUUCAUUAUGCAGGUGAUAUGCCUUUUUCUUCUGGAAGAGGAUCACUACCCCACGGGGUUAGUCUUUCUGGUUCCAUUUUGAUUUUCUGGCGUGGUCUGGGUUAAUGGUUCGUUUGGGAGAAUUUAUCUUUAACAUUGUGAUUAAGCACAUUCUGUCAUCCUUUACCUUUGCAGAGAAGUUCCCGGCUCGAUUCUGCUGAACCAAACCCUCUUUCGCAAGGGAUGCAAGCUCAAGACAAUGCCACCAGACUGCUGAAUUUGCACUCAUCUCUCUCACAUCAGCACCACAACCUUGGUCGAUCGGUGUUUCUGAAACGAUCACGUCAUCAUUAUGGCCAUCAUUACUCUCGUAGGAAUUCAGGAAGCCACGCUGGUUCAUCAUCGACUUCUCAUGGGAGGAAUCACCACCUUUUACACGAUGAGAGACGCCCUUUCAAGUUUGGCAGUCAACACGAAGCAGGUCUAGAGUUCAAGCAUCAGGGAGGUGAAGUUAACCUUACGAUCGAGUUUACUUUUGCCUUAUUGUGCAUGCUGCAACAACGAUAGGGUAGUUAAUCGGUUUGGUUUUCAGUUACCAUAUUGCAGCUUGGACAUUUAGGCAGUAUCAGCUGCUUGUAGUUUCUCCACAUUUGACUCCCUAAUGCACAUUUCCUCACUCACAGAUUACAGGGAAAAAGGCGAUUUCACCAGACCCGAGAGGAUCCGGUUCAGCUCAUUAGUAACUGACGCCGUAUCCUCCUCCUCAGACUCGAUAAAGGUGGUAUGCGGGAUCUGCCAGAAGCUGUUGAGGCGAAAGCCUUGCUCCCUCGGCGACUCGCCAUCAUCCUCCGGUGAAUUUGCUGUUGUCGCUGUUCUGGUUUGCGGCCAUAUGUAUCACGCAGAAUGUUUGGAGGGGAAGACGAGCCUCGAGCACACAUGUGACCCUCGAUGCCCACUGUGUUGCGUGUAGAUUACAUCUGUCAACUGAAGUGAUCGUGCGAUAUGUAACCUCUGUAGAUAGAGCUACGAAGGAAACUAAGGUUAUUUAGGGUUGCACAACACAUAGUUUUAGAUGGAUGACUAGAGAGACAUAGGUGGCGUUUGGUUGUUGUAAGAGUGUCUAUGGUGACAGUCUGACCGGCUUUCGGUUUAGCUGGGCACAAUGUACCUUGUAAUUUGUUCGACCCCUACUGUGUUAGGAUUAUAGGUGCUGCAAUGGCUUCCUUGUUAUGUUUAGUUGCAGGAAAGAGUCUCUGUUGAGUACUAGAAUUAAAGGAGUAACAUUGGAAUCAUUAGCCACUACGAAAAAUUAUCCCUUUGUAUCUCUAUAGUUUUGGUCUUAAGAGUUACAGUUCCUAGAAUCAAUGUUUUGCACCAAAUUUAUCGUGAGUACAUAAAUAUUUUGGGCCUUC